UUCUCUCAUUUAUUACCCUACCUACCCCACAGCCCAUUCUGCAUAUUUCAAGUUCAAAAUCUUGUCUCUCUCAAAACUUUGAAGAACAAUGGAGAACUGACCGAAACAGCACUCCUUUUGCUCGUUGCUUCUGUCUUGACGCCGAAUGCAGUUAAGCAUGUAUUAAACUUUUUUUUCCCUUUUGUUUUCUCUCUAUCUCACACUAAGCACUCUCUCACAUCACACCUAUACCUCAAAACCUCUCUCUUCUCUCUCUAUAUUCAGACCCAUAACUUCAACUCAUGCCGGCCGAAUCUUGUAUUUCGGCCGAAAUUGACCGAAACAGCCCGGAACACCCGAAACUCACCGGAACAGGCCGAAAUUUGAUCCGAGGUGGAACAGGGGGGACUAUUGUUCCAGUUUAUAUGCCGGACUUGUAGGGGGACAAAAUGGCAAGAAUUUCAACCCCCUUCCUGGGAUUUUUGAUUUUAGUAUUAUGUUGCUAUGCAUCCAACAUGGCAAAAGUGACAGGAUACACGGCAUACACAGACCCGAACCAGCCAAUUCGUAUUAGGAUCAGGGAUCUCAUGAUGAGAAUGACUCUUCAAGAAAAGAUUGGUCAGAUGGUCCAAAUUGAACGUGCCAAUGCCUCUGCUGAAAUCAUGAAUAAAUUCUUUAUUGGAAGUGUAUUAAGUGGUGGAGGGAGUGUCCCUGCUCCUAUGGCUACUGCACAGCAAUGGAUUGAUGCAGUGAACGAUUUUCAGAAAGGGGCUAUGUCCACUCGUCUUGCAAUCCCUAUGAUAUAUGGAAUUGAUGCUGUUCAUGGCCACAACAAUGCGUACAAUGCAACCAUUUUUCCUCAUAAUGUGGGCCUUGGAGUGACCAGAGAUCCUGACCUUAUAAGGAGGAUCGGGAGUGCAACUGCACGUGAAGUUCGAGCCACUGGAAUUCCUUAUACAUUUGCUCCAUGUGUUGCGGUCUGCAGAGAUCCGAGGUGGGGUCGAUGCUACGAGAGCUACAGUGAGGACCCCAAGAUUGUCAAAAUGAUGACUGAGAUCAUCUCAGGGUUGCAAGGAGAACUCCCUAAUAAUUCUUAUUUCUCCCAUCCAUAUAUUGAAGGAAAGAAUAAGGUGGCAGCUUGUGCAAAGCACUAUGUUGGUGAUGGAGGCACAAUGAAGGGCAUUAAUGAAAAUGACACCAUUGUUACCCCGCGAGUAUUGUUCGGCAUCCACAUGCCUCCUUACUAUAUUUCAAUCAUUAAGGGUGUUUCUACUAUCAUGGUAUCCUACUCGAGUGUGAACGGAGUGAAGAUGCAUGCAAACGAAAGGUUGGUGACUCGGUUUCUUAAGAAAAGACUCCAUUUUGAGGGUUUCGUCAUCUCAGAUUGGCAAGGACUUGACAGGAUUACCUCUCCACCACAUGCAAACUACACAUAUUCUAUUCAAGCUGCAAUUCUAGCUGGAAUUGACAUGGUCAUGGUUCCUUACAAUUACCCAGAAUUUAUUGAUGGCUUGACCGAUCUGGUUAAUAAGAAUGUCAUUCCCAUGAGCCGAAUAGAUGAUGCCGUAAGUAGGAUCUUGCGGGUUAAGUUCACCUUGGGUCUCUUUGAGAACCCUAUGGCUGAUAACAGUCUAGCUGAUAUGCUUGGAGCCCAGGAAAAUAGAGAUAUUGCUAGGGAAGCUGUGAGGAAAUCUCUUGUUUUAUUAAAAAAUGGAAAGCCUACGUAUGCUGGGGGUGUUUUGCCCCUCAUCAAGGAACAGCCAAAGAUUCUUGUUGUUGGAACUCAUGCAGACAACUUGGGCUAUCAAUGCGGUGGAUGGACAAUCGAAUGGCAAGGACUCAGUGGCAAUGACCUCACAAUUGGAACCACCAUCCUCCAAGGCAUUCAAGAAACUGUUGACCCAAGCACCAAGGUGGAAUUCAUUGAGAACCCAGACCCUGCCACAGUGAGGUUCAGUUCUUUCUCAUAUGCUAUUGUGGUAGUAGGUGAGAAACCAUAUGCAGAGACUAAUGGUGAUAAUAUGGACCUCACACUCCCCGAUCCCGGACCAAGUAUAAUCAACAAUACAUGCAGCAAUAUCAAGUGUGUUGUAGUUGUCAUCUCCGGGCGUCCCCUUGUGCUUGAACCAUAUCUUGAAUCAAUGGAUGGUCUUGUGGCUGCAUGGCUCCCAGGUACUGAAGGCAAAGGUGUGGCUGAGGUUCUUUUUGGUGAUUAUGGAUUCACUGGCAAGUUGGCUAGAACUUGGUUUAGACGAGUUGAUCAACUCCCAAUGAAUAUUGGGGAUCCAAACUAUGAUCCACUCUUCCCAUUUGGAUAUGGCCUUACAACUGAACCAACAGUGCAAACGUAAACUACCAUUAUAGGAAGACGUUUUUUUUUUUUUUUUUUUUACAUCAUAAAGAAAGUAGACAUGAUUGUAUCUUACAAAAGUUUCUAAAUAUGUGAUU